UAUAUAUUUCAAACAAAGGGAGUCAUUUCAGAGACUAAGCAGUCUUGUCUAUGGUCUAUAGCACAUCGACACGCGUAGAGACAGAAGAAGCAACAGAUAUACAGGAACAAAUGCACCAGUGGUGAUACUGAAAAAAUGUAUUUACUGGAACAUCUCUUCUUGCUUACAGCUGUGUUACGAUACAAUGCAGCACAAGACUUAGGAUGUGCAGUCCCAGAAAGAAUAGAAGGCUUUUCACUAGAUGGUGAGUGGGAUGAUGAGAGUUAUCCCUCUGGUAAAACAGCAACUUAUUCUUGUUACCCUGGAUAUACUCGCACUGGAAUCAUUAAACGGGUGUGCAGUGAGGGCCACUGGACGUUUAUCGAUCCAAAGGGGAAAUGCAGAAAGAGGUCCUGUGGACAUCCUGGUGAUAUUCCUUUUGGAACAUUUGAGCUGAAAAAUGAAAGAGCAUUUGUGUUUGGAGCUAUUGUCGAAUUUACUUGUGAUGAAGGUUAUCAGAUGGUGAGCAAGCAUAAAAUAAUAGAAUGUACUGCUACUGGCUGGAGCAAUUACCCUCCUCACUGUGAAGCUCGGAUUUGCUCGCCACUUGUAGUUACAGACAAAGUAAAAAUUAUAUCUAUGUCAAAUGAAGAGGAUAAUUUUGUUGGCCAAGUAAUCAGAUUUCAAUGUAAGAACCCAGAAUUUAUGUUGGAUGGGCCUUUUGAGAUUUUCUGCAACUCUGAAGGAGAGUGGAAUUUGAAUCCACCAACAUGUAUAGGAAUUGCUUGUAGCCUUCCACUGAUCAGUAAUGGGCAGGUAAAAAAUCCAAAACUAACUGACUACAAAGUGGAUGAACGGAUACAAUUUACAUGUGAUCCUGGAUUCAAGCCAUCAAGAAAUGGAGAGGCUACUUGCAGUAAAGAUGGAUGGAACCCUACACCCUCUUGUGAAGAAAUCACCUGUGACCCUUACCAAUAUGUAGCACAUGGACAUUUGGUGGAAGAGAAGGCUGUUUACAGAGAGGGAGAUACAAUUACUCUGAAUUGUGAUGAAUAUUAUAAAAUUCAGUAUGAACCAAAUAAACCACGUGUAUGCACAGCAAAUGGCUGGUAUCCACCUUCAUCUUGUAUUAGUAUCACAUGUGCCAAGCCUAAAAUUAAAAAUGGUGAGACUUAUUAUACACAUACUUUUCCAGCUAGCCAUGGCAGCUCUGUUAUAUAUUAUUGUAAGGACAAUUUUCUGCCACAAAGCAAAGAAUACUGGGGAAGAACGAACUGUACUGUAACAGGAUGGAAACCUGAACCAAAAUGUUUAAGAAAAUGUGAACCUCAGGAUGUUGAAUUUGAUAAUGGACAUAUUCAGCCCACACAGCAUGUAUAUGUGGAAGGAGAGACAAUACAAUUCAAUUGUUCUACUGAUUUUCAAACACCACAUGGCACAGAUCAUGGGGAAAUUACAUGCCUUUCAAAUGGACAUUUUUCUCCAGCUAAUUGUUCCAGGGCCUGCAGUAUUACACAACUUCAGCAUGGAAAGUUCGAACAAAAUAAAACUGUGAUUGAUGACUAUUUUCGGUAUGAAUGUAAUGAUGGAUUUAAGUCACCAAAUGGAAACAUUGUUGACAGUUCAUUAUGUCUUAUUAAUGGAUGGUCAGUUACUCCAGCAUGCGUAGAAAUCCGCUGUACAUGGCAUGGAGAAGAAUAUACUAGUGGACAGAGAAUCAAGUUUAGCUGCCCUUCUGGGAAAAGACCAUCUGGUUCUGGUCUCACUCAGUGCUUCUACUAUGGCUUUGGCCCACUGCCUGAUUGUGAAGAUGAAAAUCCUAAUGCAACCACUGUUUCCCCUGAUGAACCAGACUCAAGACUUCAAUGCGCUCCAGCACACAGUCCACAAAAUGCUACCAUUAUUAACCCAAAGGCAAUAUAUUAUUGUAAUGACACAGUUGCAAUGAAGUGUGAUGAAGGCUAUGAAUUGCAUGGUUCUGUAUCCAUUCAGUGUAAAAAUGGAGUAUGGGAAUCUCCACCUCAGUGCAUCGCAUUAAAAAAAUGUGAAGACCCGCCCUCUAUAAAAAAUGGUAGGCCGCAUAGAGACUACACACGACAAGUCUACACCUCUGCCAGCGUUGUGAAAUACAGCUGCAACCCUGGUUUCCACAUAAAUGGGUCAGACCAAAUUACUUGUGAUGAUGGUCAGUGGACAACUUUACCUAUAUGCACAGAAGAUUCAUGUGGCAAAGCUCCAUUUGUUCCACAUGCAUUUAUUAAAGAGCAGAAGAAAGACUUCAAUCAUGGCGAGAGUGCAAACUAUGAGUGUAUAAAUGGCUUUACUUUUUAUGGAGACAGCUCAGCAAAAUGCAAAGAAGGACAAUGGCAAAAUAUUCCAACUUGUGCUGAAACUGGUGAGAGUUGCGGUGCACCACCAGCAGUAGCAUUUGGAGACAUUACAGAUAAAAGAAAAGAUGUAUAUGAAUCAGGUUCCUAUGUGGAGUAUAUGUGUCCAAAUUAUUAUGUACUUGAAGGAAACCAGAGAAUUACGUGUAUAAAUGGAACUUGGGAGAAGGCACCAGUUUGUCAAAAGCCAUGUACUAUAAAGGAACGGAGCAUGAAAGAAAAUAACAUACAGCUGAGAUUGGAAAAUAAACCCAAGAUAUACAGUAAACAUGGUGAUACAAUAGAGUUUGCUUGUAUGGAUGGAUAUGAGUCUCCUCGUGACACUAACAUGAGUCGGAUUUGUGACCAAGGAGUGGUGCAAUUUCCCAAAUGCUUCAAGAGUGGUUUUUGUGUCUUACAACAAACAAUAAUGAAUAACCAUAAUAUCCAUUACAACCGAAGCACUAUAGUUGAACAAGGGGAAACUAUAUUAUUUGAAUGUAAUGAAGGAACAAUGCCAGAAAAAGACCUGCAAGCUAAAUGUGAAUGGAAAGAAGUAAACUAUCCAAAAUGUGUCACCGAAGCUGAAUCUUCAGUAUGAUGAUAAGAAAACCAUAUAUGAAAAUACCACUUUUUGGAGAUGCUGCCGUGCAUUUUUAAUAUGUUUUUUUGAAAAAUAUAUACUCUACAUGCUAUGAUCUACAGAAGUAAUACUUUAUAGUCCGAUUUCCUGCUGGAUGCAACAACAGUAAUAAUACUGAUAUAAAUAAUACAGAAGAUGAAGAUGCCCUAAUUAAAAAAAUAACUGCUUAAAAGUUUUAAAUAAAUGCCAUGCUUUAACAUAUAGUAACAUUUUACAA